AUGCUACUUAAUGUGCGGUUAUUAUCAUCAGGAUUUUAUGUGUUAUUUGGUAUUAUUAUCGGUUUUUCACUAUCACUUUUAUCUCUAUCGGGUAAUUAUACUGUUACUUCACCGAUAGCUCAGCUAGCAGCUAAGCAAAAUCCUCAACGGAUUUCUGGGCAUUUUGAUGAUGCUCACGAGGAAUGGGAAGUUGAUGAUAGGAGUGCACCAACUGCUCCAUUAUAUUUUCAUGGGAAUGGUACCAGUCUACAUAAUGAUGAUGAUUCUGUGGCAAAAUUAUUGGAAUCAAAAGUACGAAUAUUCUGUUGGAUACUAACAGGAAAGCAAAAUCAUGAGAAAAGAGCGAAACACGUGAAAGCGACGUGGAGUCGACGUUGUUCAAAGUACAUAUUUAUGUCUUCCGAAGCAGAUCCAUCUUUACCGUCCAUAAAUUUGAAUAUCUCAGAAGGUCGUGAUCAUUUAUGGGCAAAAACGAAAGCAGCAUUUAAAUAUUUGCAUGAUUUUUAUCUUAAUGAUUAUGAUUGGUUUUUGAAAGCGGAUGAUGAUACUUAUGUUAUCGUAGAAAAUUUGAGGUUCAUGUUGCUAGCACAUGAUCCAAGUGAACCAGUUUGGUUUGGUUGUAAAUUUAAACCAUUCACAAAACAGGGUUAUAUGAGUGGUGGAGCUGGUUAUGUACUUUCCAGAACAGCUCUUAAAAAAUUUGUCACUGAAGCACUUCCGGAUCCUAACAAGUGUAAGAAAAGUGAAAGUGGUGCAGAAGAUGCAGAAAUUGGAAAAUGUUUGGAGAAAGUUGGCGUAAAAGCAGGUGAUUCAAGAGAUGCUGAAGGUCAUCACAGAUUUCUUCCAUUCGUACCAGCACAUCAUUUGAUGCCAGGACAUGUAGAUAAAAAAUUCUGGUUUUGGCAAUAUACAUAUUAUCCUGUAGAACAGGGUCCAGAAUGUUGUAGUGAUUAUGCAAUAUCAUUUCAUUACGUAAAUCCUUCACUGAUGUACGUUUUGGAAUAUCUUAUUUAUCAUCUACGACCUUUUGGCAUCACAAAAAAAAUGGAUUCUCAAACAGUAGCAGCAGCAUACCAUUUGGCAGUAGAGAAUAUGGGUCCAGAUGAUGUGUUUAAAAAAGUAUUUGCUACAAAUAAAUCUGUAAUUUCGAUUCCGCAAGAUUCGAAAGUGCUACCAAAACCAUCAGGAAAAGCGGAAAUUAUGAUGGAGAAAAAAGCAAAUAGGUGA